AUGAAUUCAAUUGUUUUGAUCUCACGUUUCGCCCGACAGUCGACACCAUUAAGACAACUGUUGUCUCCGAGCCAUCACUUCCGACCACAAGAAGUGCUUAUCUGUCGUUCAUUCAAGUUAUGGCAGGAGAAGACACUGAAACUCAUGUAUCACCGAAAGAGACUCUUCGAUGCCGUCAAACCCAAUUUAUGGCAGGAGAAGACACUGAAACUCAUGUAUCACCGAAAGAGACUCUUCGAUGCCGUCAAACCCAAUGUUGAGCCCAGAUCUCGACCACAAGAAUGUUGGUUGCUGAAGUGCUCUUCACCAGACUUCUAUCAGAAUUCUAUAGCAAACAACGAGUUCAUACAAAACGGGCAAAACAUUUGCCAAUCAUUUAUCAAAACAUAUUUAAGACAUUUCUUGCCACGACUUCCAGAGGACGGCGUUUGUGCAAUUCACGACUAUCUAACCAGCGAUGAAGUCCUGGCAGACGUCGCCAAAUGGAUCGGUUGUAUUGAUUUGGUUUUGUGUGAAGAAUUCCCACCAAAUGAGACCACUUUAGCCAAUACUGUUCGGGCACUGAUCGGUGCGGCGGCCGAAGACCACACCAUAAAAAGAGCCGAAAAUUUUAUAUUGGAUUUUGUUAUGACUUAUCUAUUGGACAAAGACUUACUGGAAAUAUGGGAUAUUCCGAACCCGCGGUUCAAUCUGAACGCCAUCUUAAGCCGCGAACGAUUACCCGCUCCUGAAUAUAGACUACUGCGGGAAAGCGCCGCCGGGACUAUAGAGGCCUGUUAUGUGGUCGGCAUUUACGUCGAUAAGCAGUUCAUCGGUUCCGCUCCGGGAGAGACCAUCGAAAUCGGCAAACAGAUGGCCGAAUUGGAUGCACUCCGAAGACUGUUCCGAUUGCAAGCGUCAGAAGUGUUGUUCAAAUUCGGUCCAAAAGCAUACGAUAUAGAUAUGAGUGAAUCGUCUAAAGAGACGCUUCAUUUGGAUGAAUGGUCGCCGUCUUUGUUGGAUAAUAAACGAAUGAAAACUAAACAAAUUUUGUAAUCAUUUAAUUUGUUCAACAAAUGGA